UUUAGGGGGCGGGAUUAUAUAAUAUUUACGGUCAGAUCUGCUUGGAGGACGGAUUAUACGAGUGAUUACGGGAGCGGCCCAUUUUCUUUGAUACAAACCGGGUGACGUCACGGGGUUCUGGAACUUUGUGACAGAACGUUCGAUGUUGUUAAAUUGUGGCGGGAAAGCGCCGAGUUUCAGUAUAGGGCCAGUAUAGGUGGACAAGCUGCCGGACAGCGGGCUCACACCAUUUGCCCCAAACUCCCCGCUCCUCCACCAUGGUGAUCCUCAGAGAGGGCAUCUGCCCCGGAGCCACCGCCCAGCUCAUCAACGCUUUAAAAGAGCAGAAUGUGAAAACAGUGGUGGACUUAGUAUCUGCAGACAUUGAAGAUCUGGCACAGAGGUGUUCUAUUUCUUACAAGACUCUGGUGGCUGUGAGACGUGUGCUGCUUGCUCAGUAUUCCCCAUUCCCUUCCAAUGCUGCCGACCUGUAUGAGGAACUGCUGGGCUCCACUGCCAUUCUGUCCACAGGGAACCAGAGCCUGGACAAGUUGCUGGAUUCGGGCCUUUACACGGGAGAGCUAACAGAGUUUGUCGGAGCACCAGGCAGCGGAAAGACUCAGGUGUGCCUCAGCCUGGCCGUCAAUGUCGCUUGUGCGCUGAAGCAGAAGGUGCUGUACGUGGACACGACGGGGGGGCUGAGCAGUGCCCGCCUCCUGCAACUGAUCCAGAGCCAGGUGGACAGCCUGGAGGAGCAGAGUGAAGCUCUCCAGAGGAUCGAGGUGAUCCGGGUCUUUGAGGUGUACCGCUUGCUGGAGGUGCUGCAGUAUGUCCGGGCGACCUCCACAUGCCAGGUGACAGGUGCGCGUGGUUCAGUGAAGGCCCUUGUGCUUGACUCCGCCACAGCCGUGCUCUCCCCCAUUCUGGGGGGCCAGCAGAUGGAUGGUAUGUCCCUCAUGAUGCAACUUGCGAGAGAACUGAAGCUAUUAGCCAGAGAACUGGGCAUCUCCGUGAUUGUGACCAACUGUGUGGUCCGGGACAUUGGAGGAGGGGUGAAGCCCGCCCUGGGAUGCACGUGGAGUUACGUCCCCAACAUCCGUAUCCUCCUCCGGCGUGGAGCUGACGCAGCCGGCCCCGGCAACCACAGUGCUACGGUACUGAAAUCCUCCAGGCAGCCGACCAGAAUGAGUGUAGAAUUUGACAUUACUUCCUCUGGAACUCUGAGCAGACGAGAUGCUGCUGCUCUGCCCUCUGCCGGUGACCUCGGCAGCACCUAACCGGUUCUGUGUGGAGCUCUGUAACCUCCAUUUCAAAGAUAGCACGAUAGGCGCCGUUUGAUGGGGACUGGGGCGUUCCCUUCCCUCACCUCGACCUGGUGCAGUUGACUGGAUGGUGAGAGUGCGCGGCCACUGCCUGUCCUCAAGGUGCUGCUGCAACAACAUUGCUUCCCUGCUGCUUCUGAGCCACCUCUGACACCUUUGACAACCUGGAGCUCAGGCUUGGUGCGGAGGCUACCGAGAACGGCCGACUGUGUCGCAUUGAACAACACAAGGCUUCUGCGGUCGGCCUUUGUAUUGGUGCGGGAGUGUGGCAGAGAUUGAGAGGAAGCAUUUUAAAGCCAGCGUACAUUUUGGCCACGGUUUUACCACGGGGAAUCGUUGGACAGCCUUAUCUCUGGAUGGGGAAAGAACAUCCAGCUCCAAGUCAAGUAUUUACAGCAUUUGCCUUCCUGGUCAUCGGUCCCACCAGGGAUUCUGGACCCUGACAGUGGCUGGCACCUUCUCCUGCACAUUGAGCCUUAUUCCCUCAGCAGCACCGUUCCUCUUUGGAAGAGAGGACAUGGACUGGAGGCCAUGUUGAUGAUGUUGGGGGAGAGCUCUACUGGGCAGAGUGUGCUGUUCAGAAGCCAAAUCUCCAUUGUAAGACUGAUUGAUAUCUGAUGUGAUGUGGAUAUAACUACGUAUUUUCAAUGCCUAUUAUUGCCCCUAAAAUGCAAAUAAAAUGAUAUUGUUAAUAUUAAA